AUCGGGAAACGUAAUACAAACGGGUUGAAAAACAUUAAAAACGACAAAACCAAAAAACGUUUAAUGCUAUAAUAACGGGUUUUACGUUUCAAUUUCGGGGUGCCAGAAAGAAAAAUUUUGUGUGAAAUGUGAAUAUAUUUGGCAAUUGUAUGGAAAACACGUCACAUAAUACCAUCAACAACAAAAAAGAGUAACCUUGAAAGUCUUGAGGCCAAAAAGUCAAAGUUCAGUUAUUGCCUUGCGCAUGCGGUUCAAAGUGGUUACAACUGGCUUUAAAAUUAAAGAGAAAAAACAAAACCAAAUCCAAAAAAUCUGCAUGAAGUUUUAAUUGUCGCCUAGCAAGUGAGCAAAGGCAAAAGCAAAAGAGAUACUAACGUCACGGAAGCGAUUCAUUGGCCAGAAGCAACAGUUCAGACCAAUUAUGGAAUCAGUGCAGCAGAAUCACAAUCCUGCUUUCAUUGGUGAUGAUGGACGCAGCACAGCCAGCACUGUGGUUAUGUCGCCAAACCAUGGAUCCCGUUCACCUGCCACCGACGAUGCCGACCGUGAGGCUGGCAAAUUGUCUCCCGAACGAACUGAACGUGCCACAUGGGGCAAUGGUAUUGAGUUUCUAAUGUCCUGUAUAGCCAUGUCUGUGGGUCUGGGCAAUGUAUGGCGAUUCCCAUUCACAGCGCUCGAUAAUGGCGGUGGUGCUUUUUUAAUACCAUAUCUUGUUGUGCUGUUUGUCAUCGGUAAACCGAUUUACUAUCUGGAAAUGGUAAUUGGCCAGUUUUCCAGUCGUGGUUCGGUAAAAGUUUUCGAUUUGUGUCCGGCCAUGAAGGGUGUUGGAAUUGGUCAGGUCAUAUCGAUAUCUUUGGUUACCACCUACUAUGUGGCCAUAAUGGGUAUAACCUUACGUUAUUUGUAUGACUCGUUUCGUGCACCGUUGCCCUGGUCCGAAUGUCAACCGGACUGGCAGCCCUAUUGUGUUGCCUCCAGUUUGGGUAACACGUCCAAAUUGGUCAGCCCAAUGACUAUGGACCAGCAGCACCUAAGGGAGAUGGGGCAAAAUGAAAAGCAGCAGCAGCCUGUUUCAUCGGCCGAGUUGUAUUUCCUCAAGGAGGUUCUACAUGAAAAGGAUAAUAUUAACGAUGGCAUCGGCUUGCCCAAUUGGGAGUUGGUCAUUGGUCUGUUUGUGUCGUGGCUUUGCGUCUUUCUCAUCAUACGUCAGGGUGUUAAAAGCUCUGGAAAAGCCUCGUAUUUCCUGGCCCUGUUUCCCUAUGUCAUAAUGGGCGUACUUUUGGUACGUGCAGUUACCCUGCCUGGCUCUCUGGAUGGCAUUUACUAUUUCAUCAAGCCAAAUUGGAGUAAAAUCUUGGACCCAAAAGUCUGGUAUGCCGCUGUCACGCAAUGUUUCUACUCUCUGUCCGUUUGUUUUGGCAACAUCAUCAUGUACUCGUCGUUCAAUAAAUUUGGCCACAAUGUUCAUCGUGAUGCCACCAUUGUCACUGCCCUGGAUACGGCUACCUCAUUGUUGGCUGGCUUCACAAUAUUUGGCAUCUUGGGGCACUUGGCUCAUGAAAUUGGCACCGAUGAUAUUGGCAGUGUUGUCAAGGGCGGUGCCGGUUUGGCCUUCAUCUCAUAUCCCGAUGCCAUAGCCAAGUUCAAGAAUUUGCCGCAAAUAUUCUCAGUGCUGUUCUUUUUGAUGCUGUUUGUCUUGGGCAUUGGUUCGAAUAUUGCCAUGACAUCGUGCUCUGUGACAGCCAUCAGAGAUCGUUUUCCCAAUUUCAAACAAUGGCAAUGCGCCCUGUUUAUAGCUGUUAUCAGUUUUUGCAUUGGAUUAAUGUACAUAACUCCGGGCGGUCAGUAUAUGUUGACUUUGGUGGACUUCUUUGGUGCCUCCAUGAUUGCUCUGGUUCUGGGCAUAGCCGAGCUGUAUACCGUUGGCUGGAUCUAUGGCACAGAUCGUCUAUGCAAGGAUAUUGAAUUCAUGUUGAAUCGCAAAGUUGGUCUCUAUUGGCGUCUCUGCUGGGGUAUAUUCACUCCUCUCAUUAUGACCAUCAUUUUGAUAUACUUCUAUGCCACAUAUGAACCACUUACCUACAAUGACCAAAUCUUUCCCAGUUGGGCAAGUGGCAUUGGGUGGACUAUUACUGCUUUUGGUAUACUUCAGCUGCCCAUUUGGAUGGUUGUGGCCAUUAUACGAGAACCGGGUAAAACUUGGCUCGAUAAAAUACGUGGAGCUUUCACACCGAAAAAGCAUUGGGGUCCUACAGAUCCUUUACUUCUGGAGCAGUAUCAUAAAGAAAUCGAACAUGAACUAAAACCAAAACGUGGCAAAGGUUUUUGGCCAGCCAUUAAGCAAAAUAUCUUUGGCUAAAACAAAAAAAGGUUUGAAGUCAUUUCAACUUCAUGUGUAAAUAAUAGUUAUAUAGAUUAUAAGUUGGAGAGAUUUGCCAGAUUUUUAUUAAUUUAUCAUUAGUCUG